AUGACAGCAACCACCCAGAACUUGGGAACAGGAUCAGUCGCUUUGCCACCCUCCAAGACGCCAUCGCCUACACAAGCCAACAUCAGCUCCGGCUUUGAUAUCGUCGUUGUGAAACUCGCCCACCGUAUCCGGGUCUUGGUGAAGGAGGGCACUGUACAUUUGCGGGAGUUGUCGAUUACGAUGACGAUUUUGAAGUUUCAUUAUACCACGGCGCUGGACUUUGUGGCCGAGGACCUCUCCUUCCUCAUCUGCAGUAUCAUUACCGCCCUCCGCCCUGAUCGGACUGAUUCCCAACCAACAAAAUUCGUCUCCAGGAUACCUGAUGCACUUUCCAAAUCUCAAAGCCUCGUCUACAUCAGCAUCCGAGUCCGAGCCGCGGACUUGCGGACACUCAGGACGGGAAUCAAGGGUCUGGACACCAAGGAGUGCAUGUUGCGCGCGCGACCGAUCUCUGGAGGACUGGGUAGAGGAAGCAUAUACUGGCGAGACGCGGACAACGAUGACUAUUGCUUUUCGAUCGAGGCACGCGUCGGCCGCCAUCUGUUGCGGUUCGAGAAACUGAAGAGUGUUGGACUCGGUUACAAGAGCUGGCAUCCUUACUAG